GCUGGCCGUCACUUAGCUCUCUGACUGGAGCCCGAGGACGCUAGGAGGGUCUGUCACUAGAAGACUUCGGGCUGUGAGCACUGCCAUGGCCCCUGUGCUUAGCAAGGACGCGGCGGACAUCGAGACAGAAGGAAGAUGAUACCAGGUGGAAGUAUGGAUCUACACCAAGGAAUACAAAACUGCAAAAAUGAGUAUCCUGGCUUUAAAUCCUCGAACACAAACUCAUGCAAUGCUGCGUUCCACUUCGGCCAAGAAAGUAGACAAGAAACAUUGGAAAAGAAAUACUGAUAAAAACUGCAUUAAAUGCGAGAAGCUGGAGAAUAAUUUUGAUGACAUCAAGCACACGACUCUUGGUGAGCGAGGAGCUCUCCGAGAAGCAAUGAGGUGCCUGAAAUGUGCAGAUGCCCCCUGUCAGAAGAGCUGUCCAACCAAUCUAGAUAUCAAAUCAUUCAUCACAAGUAUUGCAAACAAGAACUAUUAUGGAGCUGCUAGGAUGAUUUUUUCUGACAACCCUCUUGGUCUGACCUGUGGAAUGGUAUGUCCAACUUCUGAUCUUUGUGUAGGUGGAUGCAAUUUGUAUGCCACUGAAGAGGGACCAAUUAAUAUUGGUGGAUUGCAGCAGUUUGCUACCGAGGUGUUCAAAGCAAUGAAUAUCACACAAAUUCGGAAUCCUUCUCUGCCUCCUCCAGAAAAAAUGCCUGAAGCCUAUUCUGCAAAGAUUGCUCUUUUUGGUGCUGGGCCUGCAAGUAUAAGUUGUGCUUCCUUUUUGGCUCGAUUAGGCUACUCUGACAUCACUAUCUUUGAAAAGCAAGAAUAUGUUGGUGGUUUAAGUAUCUCUGAAAUUCCUCAGUUCCGGCUACCAUAUGAUGCAGUGAAUUUUGAGAUCGAGCUUAUGAAGGACCUUGGUGUAAAGAUAAUUUGUGGCAAAAGCCUUUCAGCAAAUGAAAUGACUCUUAGCACUUUGAAAGAAGAAGGGUACAAAGCUGCUUUCAUUGGAAUAGGUUUGCCAGACCCUAAUAAAAACCACAUCUUCAAAGACCUGACGCAGAACCAUGGAUUUUACACAUCCAAAGACUUUUUGCCACUUGUAGCCAAAAGCAGUAAAGCAGGAAUGUGUGCCUGUCACCCUCCAUUGCCAUCGAUACGGGGAGUCGUGAUUGUACUCGGAGCGGGAGACACUGCCUUCGACUGUGCAACGUCCGCUUUAUGUUGUGGAGCCCGUCGCGUGUUCAUCGUCUUCAGAAAAGGCUUUGUUAAUAUAAGAGCUGUCCCCGAGGAGGUGGAGCUUGCUAAGGAAAAAAAGUGUGAAUUCUUGCCUUUCCUGUCCCCACGGAAGGUUAUAUUGAAAGAAGGGAGAAUUGUUGCUGUGCAGUUUGUUCGGACAGAGCAAGAUGAAACUGGAAAGUGGCAUGAACAUGAAGAUGAGAUAGUCCGUCUGAAAGCCGAUGUGGUCAUCAGUGCCUUCGGUUCAGUUCUGAGUGAUCCUACAGUAAAAGAAGCCUUGAGCCCUCUAAAAUUUAACAGAUGGAAUCUCCCAGAAGUAGAUCCAGAAACUAUGCAAACCAGUGAACCAUGGGUGUUUGCAGGUGGUGAUAUUGUUGGUGUGGCUAACACUACAGUGGAAUCAGUGAAUGAUGGAAAGCAAGCUUCUUGGUACAUUCACAAAUAUAUACAGUCACAAUAUGGAGCUUCAGUUUCUGCCAAGCCUGAACUGCCCCUCUUUUACACUCCUAUUGAUCUGGUGGACAUUAGUGUGGAAAUGGCUGGACUGAAGUUUAUAAAUCCUUUUGGUCUUGCUAGUGCAACUCCAGCUACCAGUACAUCAAUGAUUCGAAGAGCUUUUGAAGCUGGAUGGGGUUUUGCCCUGACCAAAACUUUCUCUCUUGAUAAGGACAUCGUGACAAAUGUUUCACCUAGAAUCAUCCGGGGGACUACCUCUGGCCCCAUGUAUGGCCCUGGACAAAGCUCCUUCCUGAAUAUUGAGCUCAUCAGUGAAAAAACGGCUGCAUAUUGGUGUCAAAGUGUCACUGAACUAAAAGCUGACUUUCCAGACAAUAUUGUGAUUGCUAGCAUCAUGUGCAGCUAUAGCAAAAAUGACUGGAUGGAACUCUCCAAAAUGGCUGAGGCUUCCGGAGCAGAUGCCCUGGAGUUAAAUUUAUCGUGUCCACACGGCAUGGGAGAAAGAGGAAUGGGCCUGGCCUGUGGGCAGGAUCCAGAGCUGGUACGGAACAUCUGUCGCUGGGUGAGGCAAGCUGUUCAGAUUCCUUUUUUUGCCAAGUUGACCCCAAAUGUCACUGAUAUUGUAAGCAUCGCAAGAGCUGCAAAGGAAGGUGGCGCAGAUGGUGUUACAGCCACCAACACUGUCUCAGGUCUAAUGGGAUUAAAAGCCGACGGCACACCUUGGCCAGCAGUGGGCUUUGGAAAGAGGACUACAUACGGAGGAGUAUCUGGCACAGCAAUUAGACCUAUUGCUUUGAGAGCUGUGACCUCCAUUGCUCGUGCUUUGCCUGGAUUUCCCAUUUUGGCCACCGGUGGAAUUGACUCAGCUGAAAGUGGUCUUCAGUUUCUCCACAGUGGAGCCUCAGUCCUCCAGGUAUGCAGUGCUGUUCAGAAUCAGGAUUUCACUGUCAUCCAAGACUACUGCACUGGCCUCAGAGCCCUGCUGUAUCUGAAAAGCAUUGAAGAGCUACAAGACUGGGACGGGCAGAGUCCAGCUACCGUGAGUCACCAGAAAGGGAAACCUGUUCCCCGUAUUGCUGAACUCAUGGGAAAGGUGAAAAUUCAAAGAGAAUAUUUGGACACAAAAGCAGAAAAGCACAGGCUUCACACAGGAUCCAGAGAACAACAGGUUCUAAAGUUUGAGAGCUGCAAAGAACUCUGAAUAGUUCAAAUGAUG